AUGAGAGCGGUUGAGCACGCAGAGGGCAACUUAGCUGGCCGAGGGUGGAGGGAAAGACGCCGGGUCCUGAGGGCGCUGGGCUUGGUCCCCAAGGACCAUCGCCUGCCUGGAGGAGCCCAGGAUGUGCGAGUUCAAGUACUACCCGAGGUGCGAGGCCAGCUCGGGGGCACCGUGGAGCUGCCGUGCCACCUGCUGCCACCUGUUCCUGGACUGUACAUCUCCCUGGUGACCUGGCAGCGCCCAGAUGCACCUCCAGACCACCAGAAUGUGGCCGCCUUCCACCCUAAGAUGGGUCCCAGCUUCCCCAGCCCGAAGCCCGGCAGCGAGCGGCUGUCCUUCGUCUCUGCCAAGCAGAGCACUCGGCAAGACACAGAGGCGGAGCUCCAGGACGCCACGCUGGCCCUCCGCGGGCUCACGGUGGAGGACGAAGGCAACUACACCUGCGAGUUUGCCACCUUCCCCAAGGGGUCCGUCCGAGGGAUGACCUGGCUCAGAGUCAUAGCCAAGCCCCAGAACCACGCUGAGGCCCAGGAGGUCACGUUCAGCCAGGACCCUGUGCCAGUGGCCCGCUGCAUCUCCAAAGAGGGUCGCCCACCUGCCCGGAUCUCCUGGCUCUCGUCCCUCGACUGGGAAGCCAAAGAGACCCAGGUGUCAGGGACCCUGGCCGGCACUGUCACCGUCACCAGCCGCUUCACCUUGGUCCCCUCGGGCCGAGCAGAUGGUGUCACGGUCACCUGCAAAGUGGAGCAUGAGAGCUUCGAGGAGCCAGCCCUGAUACCUGUGACCCUCUCUGUACGCUACCCUCCUGAAGUGUCCAUCUCCGGCUAUGAUGACAACUGGUACCUCGGCCGUACUGAUGCCACCCUGAGCUGUGACGUCCACAGCAACCCAGAGCCCACGGGCUAUGACUGGAGCACGACCUCAGGCAUCUUCCCGACCUCCGCAGUAGCCCAGGGCUCCCAGCUGGUCAUCCAUGCGGUGGACAGUCUGUUCAAUACCACCUUCGUCUGCACAGUCACCAAUGCCGUGGGCAUGGGCCGCGCUGAGCAGCUCAUCUUUGUCCGAGAGACGCCCAACACAGCAGGUGCAGGGGCCACGGGCGGCAUCAUCGGGGGCAUCAUCGCCGCCAUCAUUGCAACUGCUGUGGCCGCCACGGGCAUCCUUAUCUGCCGGCAGCAGCGGAAGGAGCAGACGCUGCAGGGGGCAGAGGAGGACGAAGACCUAGAGGGACCUCCCUCCUACAAGCCACCGACCCCAAAAGCGAAGCUGGAGGAGCAGGAGAUGCCCUCCCAGCUCUUCACUCUGGGGGCCUCGGAGCACAGCCCACUCAAGACCCCCUACUUUGACGCUGGCGCCUCAUGCACUGAGCAGGAAAUGCCUCGAUACCAUGAAUUGCCCACUUUGGAAGAGCGGUCAGGACCCCUGCACCCUGGAGCCACAAGCCUGGGGUCCCCCAUCCCGGUGCCUCCAGGGCCACCUGUUGUGGAAGACGUUUCCCUGGAUCUAGAGGAUGAGGAGGGGGAGGAGGAGGAAGAGUAUCUGGAUAAGAUCAACCCCAUCUACGAUGCUCUGUCCUACAGCAGCCCCUCUGAUUCCUACCAGGGCAAAGGCUUUGUCAUGUCCCGGGCCAUGUACGUGUGAGCUGCCACGCGCCUGGUGUCUCACAUCUCACCUGUUGAUCCCUUAGCUUUCUUGCCAAGGAUCUAGUGCCCCCUGACCUCUGGCCAGGCCACUGUCAGUUAACACAAGUGCAUCCCACUUGUGAUUUCUACCUUGGUGGCUCCACUAUGACCCCUAAUCCAUGAGCCCAGAGAAACUCACCGUGAUAAUGGAAUCCUGGCAACCUUAUCUCAUGAGGCGGGAGGUGGGGAAGGUGCUUCUGCACAACCUCUGAUCCCAAGGACUCCUCUCCCAGACUGUGACCUUAGAUCAUACCUCUCACCCCCCACCAAUGCCUCGACUCCCCCCAAUCACAAAGAAGACCCUAGACCUAUAAUUUGUCUUCAGGUAGUAAAUUCCCAAUAGGUCUGCUGGAGUGGGCACUGAGGGCUCCCUGCUGCUCAGACCUGAGCCCUCCAGGCAGCAGGGUCCCACUUACCCCCUCCCCACCCUGUUCCCCAAAGAUGGGAGAGAGGGGAUUCCCCAGCCCAACGCAGAGUUUUCCCAGCACCCUCCUGUAAGCAGAAGUCUCAGGGUCCAGACCCUUCCCUGAGCCCCCAUCCCCACCCCAAUUCCUGCCUACCAAGCAAGCAGCCCAGCCUAGGACCAGACAGGGUGAGCCUCAUACAGACUGUGCCUUGACACCCCCAACCUUGGGAGAAGAAUUUACUGUUAACCUGGAAGACUACUGAAUCAUUUUACCCUUGCCCAGUGAAAUAGGACCUAAACGUCUCCCUUCGGGGGAAAGUGGGUCACCUGGAUUGGGGGUAGCGAUUGAUACUGUUUUGUAAACUACAUUUCCUACAAAAUAUGAAUUUAUACUUUGA